AUGGGAUCGAUUUAUUCGAAACUCUACCCUUCAAUCCAACCUUACUCAGUGUUGAUGUUGGGUUUAGAUGGUGCAGGUAAAACAACUAUUCUCAAUAGAAUCAUACAUGAUAAAAUAGAUACAUCAAGAUUAUUACCGAAUGCCUUUAAAUUAGUAACUCGUAAGUAUAAUACAAUAGUUGAGAAUAGACACUUUCUAAUAAGAUCAAGGUGGAGGUAUUUCUACAAAUUUGUAAAUGAUGGCAUUAUAUUUGUAAUUGAUGGAUGCGAUAGAGAAAGAUUUUCAGAGGUGCAACCGAUCAACGCCAAACAUGGAAAAGGAAUAGCAGAAGGACAAUGGCUAUCUGAAAAUAUUGUUGUAACAAAUAAAUAA